CCUAACAAAUUGCUCCGGAAGGCUCUCGAGUGUUCUAGAACAAACUCGAUCUCCUCCAUUCCGAUUCCAGUUCGCAAACCACCCCCAAAUCGAGCGCCGAGGCCGGGCUCACCACCGCCGACUCCGACCAAAUCCAACCGACGCCGCCGGCGACGACGGUGUCAGGAACAUCGGAUCCCCUCCCCCAUCUACAACUCGCGGACUAGUUCGCUUCCCCUGCUCACCAUGGAGCGCAGCGACGACGAGGCCAAGCGACCGAAGCGUGCCGACGUCGGCGCCGAGGCGGACCACUUCAGCGCCCUGCCCGACGACCUUAUCAUCAGCAUCCUCGUCAAGCUCCGCGACGCCGCCGCCGCAUGCAAGACCAGCGUCCUCGCCCGCCGCUGGCUCGGCCUCUGGGCGCAACUCCCGGAGCUCCAUUUCCUCCACGCCGACCCCGACGACAUACGCGACGCCCUCAAUGCCUACAGAGGGCCGGAGCUCCUCCUGCUCAGCGUCGUCGCGGAGGACGCCUCUCCCGAAUCCGUCUCGGCCUGGCUUCCCAUCGCCGCGCGGCGCGUCACCGGCGCGCUGCGGUUCCAGAACUCGCCGUCGCCGCAGAGGGGGGACGACUACGACGACGACGACCUGGCGCUCCCGUGCUUCGGGACCGCCGUCGAAAUCUUGCUGCAUCUACAGGUUUUCAGGCUCGCCUUGCCGGCUAACGGUGUCUUCGCCCGGCUCACCAAACUCUACCUGUUCGGCCUCCGGCUGCGAGGUCCGCCGUGUGGGCUCGGCGAUGCCGUCUCGUCACCGCGCUCGCCAUGCUUGAAGUUUCUCUCCGUUAUUGAAGUCUGGGUUCUCGACGUCCUCACCAUCCACUCCGAGUCUCUUGAGUACCUGCUGCUGGAGGAGCUGCCCGAAUUGCAGCAUCUCGUUGUCAAGGCGCCAGCUCUCCGAGAGUUGGCAGUGCACAAUUGCUUGGACAAUGCUUUAACAUCGACUGAACUAGUUGCCGGCAUCUCAGCUCCUGGGCUGGAGUCGCUCAUGUGGCCGAAUCUCUGUAAUCCAGGAUCCGUCCAGCUAGGCGCGAUGCCACACCUACGAGAGCUUGCCAUCGCAUCUUUCCAAGUAUAUGGACAAGACAACACUCCUGCGAUGAUGAAUCGCCGUCUUAUGGCUGUCUUGCGGCGCUUCCAAAGCCUCGAAAGCCUUACUCUCAGUCUUACAUAUCCACCGGACAUACGUACCUACAGAUUCUUGAUGGGAGAAAUGGGAAGCCUUCCUGACAUUACGUUCUUGGCUCUUCACGUAACAUCAUGUCAACAUUCCUUUGGAGCCAGCUUAUCCCAUGUUUUAAGGAUGUGUACUUCCAUAAGAGUCCUGCAUCUUUAUUUUGAUGCCAAGCCUGAAUGGCAUAAGGAAGAAACUGUGUGCCUAUCAGAUUGCAUUUGUGAUGAGCCACAGAAGUGGAAAACCGAGGAACUGGUGCUGGACGGCCUCGAGGAAGUUGAAAUCUUCGACUUUGGAGGAACUGAACAUGAAGUUGCUGUCGUGAAACCGCUAUUCUGUUGGGCAACGGUGCUGAAGAGGAUGAAAGUAAAUUUACUUUACUCAGUGACUGAAAGCAGAGGUGGAGAGCUCCGCAAUUUGUUUCUAAGCUUCUGUAGGCCAGAAAUACUUCUGGAAUUUAGGAGGCGUGGAAGAUUAUUUUGAUGUCUAUGCUCAAGAGCCAGAAGACUAAGCCAUCGAAUUUCGUCUCUGUGUACUGGUCGUCAGCUGGAGCAGCGUAUGUGAGACUAGACUCUAGACCCUCUAGUGCCUUGCUUGUAUGAUGGAGACACAACGCUGGAGUGUUCUGUAAGUUGGUGAUUUCAUCUGCAGGUAUGAUCCCUAUAGCAAAUAUUGGUACCAAAACAUAGACAUGGCUAUGAUGCACUGAUCUGUAGAUUGUUCUGUUGACGCUCUGUUUGCAUUGAAUGGUGUGAAAUGUGUAUAUUGGUUCCAGGUGUUGUGUGAUACGCAUAGUGGCCUAUCAAAACCAGGUCCAAUGGGAUCCCUGCUUCUGUGAUGCCGAAAUAAUGAACUGCAAUGUUUCAGUUGGAAACUUUUACUGUAUUUAGGAUAUACUUCUGGUCUGUAAAAGGACGUCUUAACACACCAAUAGCGCUUCUUUACUAGUACGUGAAGAAUUUUGGUAUCUGCAGUAGACAAAACGAUUUCUUGAUUUAGCUCUCUUUGGACACAAAAGUGAAGAACGCUCUGUAAGCUAAAGCGAAUUAAUUCUCCUGUAUUAUUCUUCCGUUUGAUGGUUUUUGAUAGGACAAUGGGUCGAGAAGUAUGCGUCCAGUGGGGCUAAGGAAGUUUUAAUAAAGUCAGUUUUGCAGUC